AUAAAUAUCACUCUAACUGUCCAACUUUUGAUUCAUCUACAAAUAUAUACUACUCACUCUCUCUAUAUACUUUCAGUUUCCACUAUAUCUUUGUAUGGUGAUGGGAAUCAAUAUACCGAGUAGCACUAAUAUUAGUGUAAUUACCAUUCUUUUCCUUUGGUCUCUUCUCUUGUCAAUCUUUCCUGUUGGCUUCUGCAAUGCUGGCUGCAUUCAGAGUGAGAGAGAAGCUCUUUUGAACUUCAAGCUUCAUCUUUCUGACACUUCAAACAAGCUGGCUAAUUGGGUUGGCGAUGGAGAUUGCUGCAGAUGGUCUGGAGUUAUCUGCCACAAUUCUACUGGCCAUGUUCUUGAGCUCCAUCUCGGAACUCCUUCUUUUUCGGAAUAUACAGGCCCCGGAAGUUUUUAUUCUCAGCAAGCUGCUAGCCUAUCUGUAGAGUAUUAUGCAAGGACCGCGUUGGCUGGUAAGAUCAGUCCUUCUUUGUUAAAUUUAAAGUAUUUGAGGUACUUGGACUUGAGCAACAAUAACUUUGAAGGAAUUCGCAUUCCCAAAUUCCUUGGCUCCAUGGAGAGUUUAAGAUAUCUUAACCUCUCUAAUGCUGGAUUUGGAGGAAUGAUUCCUCCUCAACUUGGAAAUCUCUCAAAUUUGCAAUAUCUUGAUCUUCGAGUAGGAGACGUACAUGGUUUUCGAGCAAGAUACACAUUUAAUAUGCAUGUUGAGAAUUUACAUUGGCUUUCUAGUCUCUCUUCGUUAAAAUUCCUUGAUCUGAGUUAUGUGAACCUUUACUCCUUUGAUUGGCUGAAUGUGAUAAACUCACUCCCUUCUUUGCUACAAUUGCAUUUGUCUCGUUGCCAACUUGGUGGUACUUCAUUCCCUUCAACUGUCAAUCUCAACUUUUCUUCCCUUGCCAUUCUUGAUCUCUCAGUUAAUGAUUUUCAAGGUCCAAUUCCAAAUAGUCUUCAAAAUCUGACGUCAUCUCUUAAGGAACUCGACUUGGGUUACAAUUCUUUCAAUUCUUCCGUACCCAAUUGGUUAUAUGGUUUUACCAAUCUAGAGUUCCUUAGCCUGAAUUCCAAUCGGUUGCAAGGUAAUAUUUCAAGUCUCAUUGGAAACAUGACUUCUCUAAUCACUCUUGACCUGUCAUCCAAUCUUGCCAUUAGCGGAGGAAUUCCAACAUCCUUCAAACAUCUUUGCAAUUUGAGAUCACUUGUCUUAGAUACUGUCACAUUGAGUCAAAAAAUAAAUGACGUCCUUGAAAUUCUUUCGGGGUGCAUCUCAGAUGAGCUAGAAUCAUUCUCUAUGUAUAGUUGUCAAUUAUCCGGUUAUUUAACAGAUGAUCUUGGCCAUUUUAAGAAUCUUGCUUCUCUUGAUCUCUCAUAUAAUUCGAUCUCAGGUCCAAUUCCAAAAUCCUUGAGACAUCUUUGCAAUUUGAGAUCACUUGACUUAUCAGGUAACAGAUGGAGCCAAGAGAUAAAUGAUGUCCUUGAAAUUUUAUCUGAUUGUCCUACGAAUGUGCUAGAGUCAUUGUCUUUGAGUGACUGUGAACUCUCUGGUCCAAUUCCAUCAUCUCUUGGUGAAAUGGCAUCCCUGAUACAAUUAUCUCUCUCUUCUAAUAAAUUGAAUGGAACUCUUCCUGAAUCUUUUGGACAGCUUACAAGAUUAGAAAUUGCUUUUUUCGAUGGUAAUUUAUUGGAGGGUGAGGUUACUGAGGUUCACUUCGCAAAUCUCACCAAAUUGUUUAUUUUUGAUGGAUCAAUGAUGGCCAAUGGUCCAGUGUUGAGAGUUGGGUCCAAUUGGACUCCUCCUUUUCAACUUCAUUACCUAUCUUUACGGUCUUGGAAGAUUGGGCCACAAUUUCCUGCAUGGCUUCAUUCUUUAAGGUAUUUAGAAAUUCUGGAUUUAUCUAAUUCAGGGAUUUCAAGCACUAUUCCAGUUUGGUUUUGGGAUAUGUCUUCUAAUUUUGCUUAUGCAAAUCUAUCUCACAACCAAAUACAUGGAGUGAUUCCAAAUGUUCCUGUUGUUUCUAAUGAUUACAGGAUCACAAUGUUUGAUAUGAGUUCAAAUAAUUUUAGGGGACCAGUACCUUAUUUCUCUUCCAAUUUGAGUGCAUUAGAUCUUUCUAGUAAUUCUUUUACAGGAUCUAUAAUCAACUUCUUGUGUUACAAAAUGCAAGAAGUGAAGAAGAUGGAAGUACUUAAUCUUGGAGGAAAUCUUUUGUCCGGUGAGAUACCAGACUGUUGGUUGAGUUGGCAAAGUUUGACAGCCAUAAAUUUAAGCAACAAUAAAUUUACUGGCAAUAUUCCCAAGUCCAUUGGAACUCUAAGCUUUCUUGAGUCAGUGCAUUUUGCCAAUAAUGAUCUCUCUGGUGAUAUACCCUUAUCAAUUCAAAAUUGUAGAAAGCUGUUCACACUUGAUUUUAGUGGAAACAAAUUGGUAGGAAAAAUUCCAUCAUGGAUUGGAAAGAGCUUUCCAGAUAUGAUCAUUCUCAUUCUGCGUGGAAAUAAGUUACAUGGUCAAAUUCCCGAGGAGAUUUGUCGCAUGGCUUCUUUACAAAUAUUAGACCUUGCUGAUAAUAACUUCUCUAGUAUGAUACCGAGCUGUUUCAGUAACUUCAGUGGAAUGGUUAAAGUGAAUGACUCUUUCGGAAGCUUGACUUUUGAUCAAAGUAACGUCGGCCCUUCUCCAAUCCUUAUUGAUAGCGCUAUACUAGUCAUAAAAGGAAGAGUGGCAGAGUAUAGUACUAUUCUUGGAUUUGUGAAAGCUAUUGAUCUUUCCAAUAAUAAUUUAUCUGGAGAGAUUCCAAUGAAUAUCACAAGCCUGGUAGGAUUACAAUCCUUGAGCUUCUCACAAAAUUCAUUGACUGGAAGAAUUCCAAAGGACAUUGGUGCUAUGCAAUCAUUGGAAUCUAUAGACUUCUCUCAAAACCACCUUUUUGGUGAAAUUCCUGAAAGCAUUUCGAGUUUGACAUUUUUGAGUCACUUGAACCUCUCCAAUAACAAAUUGACAGGAAAAAUACCUGCAGGAACUCAGUUAAGAGGCUUUGAUCCAUCUAGUUUCAUGGACAAUGAUCUUUGUGGGCCUCCUCUACCCAUAAAUUGUAGCAAGGAAGGUAUUUUGCAUGCACCAGAUGAUGAGAACGAAAGAGAAGAAGAUGAAAAUGGAUUCGAAGUCGACUGGUUUUAUUUCUUUGUGAGCAUUGCACCAGGAUUUGUGGUGGGAUUCUGGCUCGUAGUGGGUCCUCUAUGCUUUAACAGGCGAUGGAGGUUUGCAUAUUUUCGAUUUCUAUACGAUUUGUGGGACAAGAUUUGCUGGAAUUUUUUAACACUCUGCAUUAGGAGGAAUCGAAGAAUUUACUAGAUUUACCAUGUAAUAAUAUAUAGAGAGAGCAAUGCAAUAUGUUUUAUUCAAUGAUGUCUUAAAAACGAUGUAAUCUACCAUGUAAUAAUACAUGCAAAUUUGUUCUGA